GGAUUAAUCUCAUUUAUGAAGUGUUGCAUUUUUAUGGAGUUUGUAAUAAAUUCCUAUGUCCAUAUUGUUAAAAUUAAAUUUAUUUAUUUUAAAUUAAAUUAUUUAGGGCUGUUAGACUCGACUGAUUCCCAUAUAUUUAAACAAAAGAAAAUGGUGUAGUGAGCAUGUGUUGAUUAGCCAAAUCGCCAACCGACGAAGUUAAACGGUAGGAAUUAGGCUACACGUGGCAUCACUUAGUCUACGUGUUACUUUUAUAAGUUGCCAUAGUUAGCUCUUGAAUCAUUUAUAACCUGCAAGACCGGCGAUGGAUGAGAUGCCAGGAAGAGAAACAACACAAAAACUGAAGAAAUGACAGCUAUUUUCAUGACCAAAGUCACCAUGUUUAAUCUCUCAAAAACCUUCCGUCACCCUCCUUCUAUCUUUCUUCGAUCUACCGGAAAAGUUUCUCGGGUCUGCUUCACUUCUGCUUCCAAAUAUAAUGAGGGAAGAAAUGCAGCGGAGGAGAACAGUGGCAGAGCGUCGGAUUACACUGAUAUAGCCAAAGAAACUACCAAGGAAGGCGUUGAGAGAGCCAGGGAAGGGGCUGAGCAGGCAAGAGAACAGUCCGAGGAAGUGAAAGAGAAGGCUAAAGAACUAGCAGGGGAAAUGAAAGAAAAGGCCAAAGGAUACGCACACGAGACCAAGGAAAGCGCCAAAGGCGCUUCUCAAUCAGCGGCGGAGAAGACCAAGGAAGGCGCUCAUAAAGCAGCAGAGAACGCAGAGAAAACGAAAGAGAAAGCAAAAGAUUAUGCAUAUGACGCCAAGGAGAAGACGAAAGAAGGGACAGAGAGAGUGGCGGAGUCUGCACAUGAUGUGAAAGAGAAGGUCAAAGAUUACUCAGAAACAGCAGCUGACAAGGCAAGAGAUGGGACAAUUAAGGUGGUGGAAACGGUGGGUAGUGUAGGAGAGAAGGCGAAGCAGACGGUGAAGGGAGCAUGGGACGCAGCGAAGGGAACUACACAGAAGAUAAAGGAAACUGUGGUGGGGAAAGAUCACGACAGUGAUGAUGAUGAUAAACGGGAGAAGACGAUGGAUGAGGAUGUGGUGGACUUGAGGCGGCGUGAGGGUGGAGGCGAGAGCAAUAAAGAUGCGAAAAAGUGAGAAGAAGAUUACUAAGUAUAAAAAGUUUGUGUCUGGUCCUUUUGUGGAGUUCGUUUAUUAAGAAUGAAAAAUAAAAGAACAUGUCUGGUAAAUGAUAAUUGGGUUUUAACUAAGUUGUAAGAGAUGCAUCUUUCUUUAUGUUAUUGAUAAUCAAGGACACCUUUGAGCAUAUCAUAUUAAACAAGCUACAUACGUGCGAAGUUGAAACUAAUAUUG